AUGGCGACAGUGAACAUUUUAUAUGACUAUCUUUUUGAUGUUGGUUUCAGACCUUCGAACUCUUCAGGUUUUACUGUGAGGCUCACAGUUAAACCUACAACAACAACUACUGAAGUUACAACAACAACAACCGAAGGCACAACCACAACAACUGAAGUUCCAACAACAACAACUGAAGCUACAACAACAAUUGAAAGUACAACUACAACAACCGAAAAUCCAACCACAACAACUGACGCUACUACAGCAACGGAUGCUUCAACUACAACAACCGAAGCUACAACUACAACAACCGAAGCUACAACCACAACAACUGAAGCUCCAACCGCAACAACCGAAGCCACAACUACAACAACUGAAGUUCCAACAACAACAACUGAAGCUACAACAACAACUACUGAAGCUGCAACAACAACAGGAAGUACAACUAUAACAACCGAAAAUCCAACUACAACAAAUGAAGCUAUUACAACAACGGAUGCUUCAACUACAACAACCGUAGCUACAACUACAACAACCGAAGCUACAACCACAACAACUGAGGCUCCAACCACAACAACUGAAGCUCCAACCACAACAAUCGAAGACACAACUACAACAACUGAAAUUCCAACAACAACAACAACUAAAGUUACAACAUCAACAACCAAAGGCACAACCACAACAACUGAAGCUCCAACAACAACAACAGAAGCUACAACAACAACAACUGAAGCUACAAGAACAAUUGAAAGUACAACUACAACAACCGAAAAUCCAAACACAACAACUGAAGCUACUACAACAACGGAUGCUUUAACUACAACAACAGAAGCUACAACUACAACAACCGAAGCUACAACCACAACAACUGAAGUUCCAACAGCAACAACUGAAGCUACAACAUUAACUACUGAAGCUGCAACAACAACAACUGAAGUUACAACAACAACAACCGAAAGCACAACCACAACAACUGAAGCUCCAACCACAACAACUGAAGCUACAACAACAACAAUUGAAGCUGCAACAACAAUUGAAAGUACAACUACAACAACCGAAAAUCCAACCACAACAACUGAAGCUACGACAACAAUGGAUGCUUUAACUACAACAACCGAAGCUACAACUACAACAACCGAAGCUACAACCACAGCAACUGAAGCUACUACAAUAACAGAUGCUUUAACUACAACAACCGAAGCUACAACUACAACAACCGAAGCUACAACCACAACAACUGAAGCUCCAACCACAACAACCGAAGCCACAACUACAACAACUGAAGUUCCAACAACAACAACUGAAGCUACAACAACAACUACUGAAGCUGCAACAACAAAAGGAAGUACAACUACAACAACCGAAAAUCCAACUAGAACAACUGAAGCUACUACAACAACGGAUGCUUCAACUACAACAACCGAAGCUACAAUUACAACAACCGAAGCCACAACUACAACAACUGAAGUUCCAACAACAACAACUGAAGCUACAACAACAACUACUGAAACUGCAACAACAACAACUGAAGUUACAACAACAACAACCGAAGGCACAACCACAACAACUGAAGCUCCAACAACAACAACUGAAGCUACAACAACAACAAUUGAAGCUGCAACAACAAUUGAAAGUACAACUACAAUAACCGAAAAUCCAACAACAACAACUGAAGCUACUACAACAAUGGAUGCUUUAACUACAACAACCGAAGCUAAAACUACAACAACCGAAGCUACAACCACAACAACUGAAGCUACUACAACAACGGAGGCUUUAACUACAAUAACCGAAGCUACAACUACAACAACCGAAGCUACAACCACAACAACUGAAGCUCCAACCACAACAACCAAAGCCACAACUACAACAGCUGAAGUUCCAACAACAACAACUGAAGCUACAACAACAACUACUGAAGCUGCAACAACAAAAGGAAGUACAACUACAACAACCGAAAAUCCAACUAGAACAACUGAAGCUACUACAACAACGGAUGCUUCAACUACAACAACCGAAGCUACAAUUACAACAACCGAAGCUACAACCAUAACAACCGAAGCCACAACUACAACAACUGAAGUUCCAACAACAACAACUGAAGCUACAACAACAACUACUGAAACUGCAACAACAACAACUGAAGUUACAACAACAACAACCGAAGGCACAACCACAACAACUGAAGCUUCAACAACAACAACUGAAGCUACAACAACAACAAUUGAAGCUGCAACAACAAUUGAAAGUAUAACUUCAACAACCGAAAAUCCAACCACAACAACUGAAGCUACUACAACAACGGAUGAUUUAACUACAACAACCGAAGCUACAACUACAACAACCGAAGCCACAACUACAACAACUGAACUUCCAACAACAACAACUAAACCU